GGCUGUUCUGUAGAGGUUGCCACUAGCUAACACAGAUUCGGCUGUAAGUGUGUUUAAAAACACAAUCUUCCGUUCUCUCCAUGUUAUACUGAUUGCUGACACUGCUUGUGGCUGUGGCACCCUACGAAGGUGAUUCACACGACCAAUGUCACCUGAACAGGACGCGGAAUCGGGCAGCAGGUUACAACGUCACAAACAGAAGCGUGAUCUGAGAGCCAUGAUGAAUUUUAGAGUGAAGAAGCGACCGAUGCUGAUAGCCUGCUCUGCGGCUGUGCUCAUUCUGCUAGUUCUUCAUGGCAGCGACAGGUUGUGCUGGAAGCAAUGGAGCAUUGGUUGGCAUAUCUUGCCCCUUAACCUCGGCGAGCUCAGCGAAGAAGCAACAGUGUUUAGAACGACACGCUUGCCCGAUGAUCUGCCGCGGCACAUGGCGACGGUGGGCAAUGGUUUUCUCGGACACGUCGUGUACGCAGACAACAUCUACGUGAACGGCGUGUACAACGGCGCGCGUGGUGACAGCCAUCGCGCCCGCGUGCCCUCCACCUGCGCUCUACGCCUCGCCGUCGACGGACACGCGGCAGCUUCAUCGAGCUACGCGCUCGACGUGGGGAAAGGAGUAUUCACCGAGACAGUCGACCAUGAAGAUUUCAAGCUGGAAUACCGAAUAUUUGCUCACAGGAAGCAUACAAAACUGCUAGUAUGCCAAGUAUCUGCAGAGGCAAAGAAACCUGGUCUUGUGUUACUAACAAAGAAUAACCACGGUAAUCUCUCUGUGGACUUUGACAUUAUUAAGGAUGUUAUAAAGGGGGCAACAAGGGAACAACAUUUAUGGACAAAAGUAGCUGAAGAGAUCCCUGGUUCUGAAAAAAAAUACCUACCACCGACGCUCACUGACGUCUAUCUUGUCUAUGAUGAAGUCCCGGAGCGGCUAGAACUGCAGCAGGGGCAUAACAGCUGGACGUGGAUCACGGCUAUAUACAUAGAUGAAGCGGAUGCAAUGGAGGCGUACGUAGAGGGACAUGCGAUGACACCAGACGUGUUGUAUGACAGCCACGUAGCCGGCUGGCGUGAGAUAUGGGACACGGGCCGCAUAGAUGUAGAGGGUGACACCAAACUCGCACAGAUCAUCUACGGAUGCUUCUACUACCUGUACAGCUCACUGCCGACGCGCGAGGAUCCCAAGUGGUCUUUCUACGGCCUCAGUCCCGGCUCACUGAGCCACGGUGCAGAACAUCAUGACUAUCAGGGUCACAUAUUCUGGGACCAGGAGACGUGGAUGUAUCCACCUAUAUUGAUGAUGCAGCCACAGAUGAGCAGACUACAGCUGAAGAUAAGGCUGGAACAUCUGCAAGAAGCACUGAAUAAAGCGCAGAACUAUAGUUAUAGUGGAGCCAUGUUUCCCUGGGAAAGUGCAUAUACAGGUGAGGAUGUAUGCCCCUGGUAUCCCGGAUCUGCUCUAGAGCAGCAUGUGACUGGUGACAUAGCGUUUGCCUUCUGGCAGUACAUGCACAUGAACACAGACAAAACGUUCAUCAAUUCUGCAAAGGAUCUCAUCAUGGAAAUCGCAAAUUUCUGGGAGAGUCGUGCACUUUACAACAAAACUAAGGAGAGAUACGAGAUACAUGACGUGAUGGGGCCGGAUGAAUGGCAUUACCCGGUCAACAACUCCUGCUACACGAACACCAUCGCACAGAUCAGCCUGCGACUUCCCUCGGAUGCCUUCCCAGACUCGCCGCGCCUGAAGCAGAAGUGGAUAGACAUUGCUGACCACAUGUACGUGCCCUUUGAUGCAAAGAGGAACUACCACCCACAGCACGACGGCUACGACCCUGACGAGAGAGACUAUAAGAGCAAGAUCAAUAGCACAAUACCAGAAUUUAUGGUGAAGCAGGCAGACGUUGUGCUACUAGGAUUUCCACUGAUGCAAGAGUCUGAUGAAGUGGUGAGACGCAAUGACCUCGUCAUAUACGAAGAUGUGACAAGUGUGACAGGGCCAGCAAUGACGUGGGGCAUGUUUGCCAUUGCCUGGCUGGAGCUGAGAGAUUACAAGAAGGCUGCAGAGUUACUCGUCAUGAAUCAGCAAUACACCGUAGAGCCGUUCAAGGUAUGGUCAGAAACCCCCGGUGGAGGCGGUGCUGUAAACUUCAUUACUGGCAUGGGAGGAUUUCUACAGACUGUCAUCUUUGGCUAUGGAGGCUUCAGGAUCAGGAGUGACAAGCUCGACUUUGAACCAGUACUGCCACCUGGAACCACUAAGCUGGUGCUAACACACUUGGACUAUAAGCAAGGAAGCUUUACCUUCACCGUAACUAAAGACGUUGUCAGUGUCAGUAUGCUGGAAUCUGGUGGUCAGGGAUUUGCCUUGUAUGUGUAUGAGACAGAGAAAUAUCUGACAUUAAAGGUGGGGAAACCACUGCACAUUCCCAGAGUCAAGACGGCAAUAGUACAUUUGGGUGCUUCGAAGGAGAGUAUCUUGCUAUCUGUUCUCGCUGGCUGGUUAUGAUAGCGGAAGUAGGAAUGUAUAAUAACAAAGAGUUAGAAACAAGUAUGGUGAGAGAUCAUGCCUUGUGGGCCUGCUCAUUGUGAAAUUUGCCGAUUUACGAUUUAUUUUAUGUACAUCUUUGUGUGUAUCAUUGUGGGUAUAUACCUCCAUAGUUGUGAAAAAGUUGUGAGACAUGCGUCCAAUCCGAACAUACCCAAUGAGUACAUGAUGGUUAGUGUUCUAUAAAAUAAUGAAUAAAGAACUUCGGUAAAAAACCACAUAAUUAUGUUGAACACAUCUGCUGGAAGUUAAUGGAAUUCCCUGUUCAGGGAGGGAGAUUACCUCCCCCCUUUGAAUUGCUGCUAAGUUGGCCUUGCUAGACCAGUUUAUCCACGUAUUUCAUGCCUGCACACAAAAUUGUAUUCUGUGCGGUACUUUAUUGCUAUUCGUUGUUUUUUUUAAUAACAUUCCAUCACAAUGCUGAUUGGCUAGGCUGCCUCUUAAUCAUUGUAAAUGAAUGGGUCAAUUGGCAUCUAUUGUUAUAGCCCUAAUCAGUUUGUGACAGUAUUGUUAUAUUAUUCUAUUGUCUAUUAUUUCAGGUAACAUAUAAUCAGGAGUGAAUAAUUGUGAUAAUGUAUAUUCAAGUUGUUUUACAGUGGAGGAAUUUUGUUUGUAUGCUAUAUUCAUUUCAAAGGUUAAAUACCUCGGCCUUUCAUUAAGAGCUUUUCCCCGGCCUUUGCGGGAUUUUACUGCACACAACCUGCGGGGAAACGCUACACUGCAUGGUUUACACAUAUAAUGUUGUAAGAAAAUGUUACAUUAAAUUUCCGAAGUUGAAGAUGGCUGAUGUGAAAAAAAUU